AUGUUUGAUCGGUUUACAGAGAAUGCUAUCAAAGCUAUUGAGCUUGCACAAAAGGAGACUAUAUGCCUUGGUCACAAUCUCGUGGGAACAGAGAUGAUUUUAUUAGGUCUUAUUGGUGAGGGCACAAACAUAGCAGCAAAGGCCUUUGAGUCAAUGGGGAUUGGAUUGAACGAUGCACGGGUUGAAGUAGAUAAUAAACUUUACAUGAUACUUGGGUAUUCUUACCCAAAAAGAAAAAAAGCUAUCGGUAAAUGUAGUGGAAUUGUUGAAGUAGAGAUUCCUUUUACAUCUAAUGCAAAACGCAUAAUUGAGAUGUCAAUAGAGGAGGCCCAAAAACAUGUACCACGACUUGAUCUUUCACGUCAUAGUUAUAUUGGGACAGAGCACUUGCUUAUCAGUUUGCUUCUUCCUAAUGGAGGAGGUCUAGCAAUUGACGUACUUGAGGAAUUAGGUGUCGACCCAAGUAACAUUCUCCAGGCAAGUGUAGCUACUAUAUAUUGUAUGUUAUAA